UUUGACAGCUUAACCUCAAAUUUAAAAUUAUAUGAUCGUUCAACGUUGUGUUUACAAAUUGUUUUAUUAAAAUAUUAAAAUGGGUGAAGAAGAACCACAAAACAACGAACAGAAAAAGAGACAACGUAAGAAGAGGAAGAAUUUUAUAUCCAACGCUAAGAAAUACGCUAAGAAGGGACAAUUGGGUCGUGGAACACAGAUACCUGAAGAACUGUACCAAUAUUUUGUUGGUAUUUUAGAUGUUAUAAAGCAAGGCGUGCAAGAUCCAGAUGAAAGAGAAGCCCUAGUCAAAAAUGUGCUAGAACGAACAAAAGAUGAAGAGCUAAAUGUUGUUGGUAACCAGUUAGGAUGCCGUCUCGUAGAACUGCUACUUCCCUAUGCAUCUGCUGAAGAUCUGGAAAGAUUCUUUGAAGUGCUAUCACCAGAACUGCGGAAACUCUGUUCCGAUAACUUCUCCAGCCAUGUUGUGGAAACUCUGUUACGAGUAUCAUGUGUUCGAGCAACUGAACAUUUGCAAACAGAGGAUGAAUCAACUGCUAAAAAGCAGAAAACAGAAGAGAAAUAUACAGAAAAACACAUUGCAGCAUGUCGUGAGUUCACAUUAAAGAUAUGUAAAUACGCAUUGAAUAAUUUGGAAGAUUUCGUCUGGGAUCAAUACGCGAAUCAUAUUUUACGAAGCGCUUUAAAAUGUCUUAGUGGAAUAACUUUACUACCAGGAGAGAAACCUAAAGUGAAUCUAUUUAAAGAGACAGUACAAGACAAGAAAGGGAUUCCACCACACUUGACGGACAUGAUGUACAAAGUCGUACCGGACGAUUUUAAAGAGAUUGUAACUGAGUUCGCUAAUAGAUUAUCAUCGUGGCCGCAAUUUAAAGAUAUGCCGUACCAAAACUUAACGUCUGGUUUGCUGCAAGUAUUGUUAUAUGCGGUUAAGAAUGUUGAUAAGAAGCUGACUAAGUCGUUAGUUGGUAAGUUGUUAGACGAGAGCUUUGCACCAGAUGGAUGGGUUGGGGAAGGUACAGAUGACAAGAAAGAAGAUAAAAAUGAAACUGGUGUAGAGGCAAGUCCGCUGCCGCCGGUGUUUGAAUCGGAAUCUGCUGUGAGACUAUUAGAAGCGGCUCUGUUCGUUGUAAAGAAGAAGACAUACACACAAAUAUAUGCGCGCUGUUUCAUCAACCGCCUAGGCCAGUUAGCGGCUAUGCCAAUGCUCAACUUUACAGUACAACGGCUUAUAGAUAACUGCCAUAUUAAGGAAGAGUUUGAGCCAAUGUUCGACGAGUUGUCGGACAAAUUUGACACUUUACUUGCAUGUGGCAACACGGGGGUGCUAGUUGCACUCGCUAAGGGAUGUUUGAGGAUUAAAGCGAGGCAGACACAGUUCUUGCAGAAUUUAGAAAAAGCGCUAAAAUGUUCAGACACUGAGAACCAAAAGCACUUCGCGAUACAAUGUUUGCGCCUGGCGCCGCUCGGCGGUAACAUAGAAGUUGUCACUCAGGGUUUCUUCAUACAUAUACACGGGUCUGUUAUAUUGCAGACUUUGCUCGAUUUUCAGCGACCAACAAAACCAGUGCAAAGCCUGCUCGAGUUACAAACAGACAGUCUUUUAUAUAUAUUUAGUGAAGCGAAAGGCUGUCAUGUUGCGGAUGCGUUCUGUAAGGGACAGUUUGUGGGGGUGAAGGCGAGGGAUAAACUGAUAUGGAAGCUUAAGGGCUGCUACCAAACACUAGCAAUGUCACAGUACGGUUCCCGCGCUUUUGAAAAAAUAUACGAAGCGUCAUCCAACGAGCAAAAAAUCAAAAUAAUGGCGGAAUUAAGUGAUAAAUCCAAUCUUCUAAACAGCACUGUUUGUGGAAGAUUAAUUGCUACCAAAUUAGAUGUGGCAACGUUUAAACUUUCGCAGAAGAAAUGGGAGCAGACACAUUUGAAAAGUGAUAAUAAAAGUGAAUAAAUA